AUGCAGAUUUCUUGCAUUUACGUCAAGUUGGACGGAAGGAAUCGAGUGCUGAGCCUCCUUCAAUGGACCUUUUACGUCAGCGUCCUCACCUACCAUUACGCCUUACUCUGCAUGUCCACGAUCCAUAUGAUCGACAUCAACAUGGUUCUUUUCUGCCAGAGUACUCAUUUCACACUCUUGGUCCAGUUGACGAUCAUCUUGCUCGUCUGUUUGCAGACCAAGCAUCGGCAGAUGACUCUCUUCCACAAGCUCUUGAUCCACGACUUCUUCGACUAUCAAGAACCUCCUGCGGAAGGUGAUGAUGUCCUGCGAACCUCGAUGGUUCGUGAACGCCGCAUUCUCAGUUCGAUUCCUGUCGCCGUGGCUCUGGCUGCCGGAGCCGUCCUGGUGAUCGCACCCAUCGUGGAUAAGCAGGCAGCUCUCUUCGACUUCGAUACCAUGUCCGAGACGUUUAGCACCCACCUGCCUUACCCGUACGCCAAGUACUUCUACCAGACCAGGGAGGGGUUUAACUACUACUUCGCUUUAGGCGGGCAGUUGAUCAUUGGCGGUCUGCUCACCGUCGUUAUUGGUAGCGGAGGAUUUCUUUUUCUAAACUUGUCGCUGAAUCUUACACUGCAGCUAAAGCUCCUUCAAAACUCCUUGGAUCAGAUAGAAACCAGAGCAGAAAAUAUGUGCCAACGAUUCUUUGGAAAAAUGAAACGCGAUACUACAACGCAAUAUGACGACUACCACUUCGCAUAUUGCUAUGGCGAGUGCCUGAGAAAGAACUUCAAACAUCAUCAGAUUAUUUUGAGGGCUUUUAAUUAUACGGAAGAAAUUGUUUCCAUACCAGUGUUUCUGGCUUAUAUGACUGGUACAAUAGUCAUAGCUCUCAGCUUGAUUUCGGCAGGUUCGGCGGACGAGCUGCCUGGAACAACUGUAGCAUCGAUGGUAUUAUGUGGAGUCGAGAUAGGUUACAUGUUUUUAUUUUCGGUCUUCGGACAACGCUUAGCAGAUUUGGUAAUGCAUUAUUUUAUUAUUAGAAUUAUUAUUAUUAAUUUUCUAAAACAUAUUAUAUAAUUUAGACCAAAACAGCACGUGUGAGAACAUUGAAAAACUCUAUUCAUUUAACGCAAUUAAUCGCACUUUUAUGUAUGGAUCUAGGGUUGUUCAAACAUACAUUUGAGUGCCAUUUAAAAUCAAUAUAAUUAACAGAGAUUCCUUUCAAAAUCAGUUAAAGGUAACAUAGAUAUAGACUUAUAACCAAAAAGUUCAAUUGAACAGUGCGAAUAAAACGACGAAAACACAGACAGGCAUUCUGUACUUAUAAUUUGCUCUAAAGGGAUUACAGCGGUGCACACGCGCGCUAGCCCGCUUGACCAAUC